AUGCAACUGGGAAAAAAUGUCUGGGACGCUGCCACUGUUGCUGCUGUCGCCGCCGAUGAUGAUGAUGAUGAUGAUGAUGAUGAUGAUGAUGAUGAUGAUGAUGAUGAUGAUGAUGAUGAUGAUGAUGAUGAUGAUGAUGAUGAUGAUGAUGAUGAUGAUGAUGAUGAUGAUGAUGAUGAUGAUGAUGACCAGGUCCAGGCUCAAACAAAGGGGAACUCAAACAACCGACUCACGUGUCCCGCAAACACGGCGUUGGGUACGAUGGGCCGGCAACGGAGAAUAAUCCAGAAAUACCUACCUCGGUCUCCACUGCCCCUACCGGUACCCCCAUCUCUAAAUAUAUCUGAACGUAUACAUCAGACAUCUGCAUAA